AUGGCGAACGGUUACAAUGAAGUGAUGGGUAUAUCUCAGCGCAAAUCUUGCCCCAAGGUUCACAGGUCAAUGUGUAGUGAGCUGACAAUGAUGUUGGAUAAGGUCUCUUCUAUUCUUCCGUCAAUAGAGGCUGCUCGACCAGGUUGUAAAGCAGGCAUACAGGAAUUAUGCAACCUAUACAAUAUUGUCGAGAAAGGGAGGCUCAUAAUCCUACACUGCAUUGACUGUAGUAAGCUCUACUUGGCUAUUACUGGAGAGACGAUUGUAGCAAGAUGUGAAAGGAUCAGAGACUCACUGAGGCGGAGUUUGUUCCAUAUUCAGAAUAUGGUUCCACCAGCACUAGCUAAUCAGAUUGCUGAAGUCCAUAAUGAUCUCCGGGAUGUCAAAUUUGUUCUUGAUCCGAUGGAAGAAGAGGCUGGCAAAGCCAUUUUACAGAUGCUCCGGCAGUCCGACGCAAGUGAAGAAUUAGAACUUCAGACAUUCCUGCAGGCUGCUUCAAAGUUGGAGCUGACAUCUCCUAAAGCAGUCUUAAUUGAAAGACGAGCAAUCAAGAAACUGCUUGAAAAUGUUAGUGGUAAUGAUCGAAAAAAGGAGGGGGUCCUUAAGUUUUUCCUGUACCUCAUUAAGAAGUAUGGAAAGAGCAUCAGCCAGGACUCUGGUGAAUGGAACGAGAAUUUACAAUCUGAAAGUCAAUCUUUAACUCUGAGCACACCUUCCUGUGAUGCCAGCGCUCCUGGAAAAUGUUACACACCAACGGACUUUCAGAUUUAUGAGGAUCACAGUAAUGUGUCUGGAUCAGCUACUCCACCUCCAGAGUUCUGCUGCCCAAUAUCAAUAAAGCUAAUGCAUGAUCCUGUUAUAAUAACAUCUGGACAGACUUAUGAAAGAGAAUAUAUUGAGAGGUGGUUCAAUGAAGGAUAUGAUACUUGUCCUAGGACACAGAUGAAGCUAGAGAACUUCUCCAUGAUCCCAAAUACCUGCAUGAGAGAUCUCAUUUGCAAUUGGUGCAAAGAGCAUGGUUUUACAGUUUCCGAUUUUAUUCCUCCAAGCGAAAAUGCUUAUGGUUACUUACCAGAGCAAUUGCAUGGUUACUCUAUGUCAAGUUUGCACAAUGUUUCAGUACCUCUCAUUGCCGGAAAGGCCAACAGUUUUGUGAUUGAUCACAGCAAUACAUCUGUUGCAUUAUCUGAUGCCAGUUAUGUCUCUAAUGCAUCCCACGCUAGGGACAUGGAGGAUUCAAAAGAUAUUUCUCAGUUCUUUUGGAACGCCGACUAUCAAAAGUAUCUGUCGUUCCACAACUUCAACCAGGAGAUGUUCCUGAACUUCUUUCAUGAGCUGUCCAUGCUCCCAUUAGAGCUGCAGGACAAGUCAAUUAAAGAUUUGAAGAACGUUCUUGAUUAUGAAAGUGAGGUUUCAUAUGCUAUGGUGUCAAAUGGAUUUGUUGAAGCAUUCCUUGAAUUCUUGAGAAACGAUACUGGGAGCUACAGUGUGCAAGCUCAGGAAGCUGGAUUUCAGUUUUUUCUUGCUUUUCUUUCCAAUAGCAGGGCUAAAGUUCAAGCUAUGAAUGAAGAAUUAUUUCAUCUGAUCACAUCCUUCCUUGACUCUGAUCUAAAAAUUGAAGCUUUGUUGACGCUGCAUGAGUUGAUUAAGCACUUGAGUUGUCCAAGAUCUCAUGUGAUGGCCUCUGCUGUUAGUCCUCCAUUGUUCAAAAUACUGGCAUCUGAAGAUACUGAAGGCCUUGAAUUGGCUCUGAAGAUCAUCUGCGAGCUUUCAUCUGACACUGAUAUAAGAUCGUCAUUAGUUUCAAUGGGAAUAAUCUCAAAGCUUGUUCCCAUUUUCACUGAAGGAAACUUUGUUGAGUGCUAUUUGAAGAUUUUGCAGAACUUAAGCGACAUGGAAGAAGCUGUAGUGCAGAUUACAAGAACCGAUCGGUGUCUUGCUUCUGUAGCAGAAUAUCUGGACACAGGAAGCCCUACAGAGCGAGAGCAUGCGGUGGUUAUACUUCUAGCAAUAUGUUCCUGUAGUGCCGAGGAUUGUCUACUUGUAAUGAAGGAAGGUGUGAUCCCUGCCCUAGUGGACUUGUCGGUGAACGGAACCGAAGAAGCGAAAAGCUGUUCGACGAAGCUACUUCAUCUUCUCCGGGACAUGAGGCGAAGCGACCAGUUCACUAACUCACGUUCACAAGAAGUGGCUGCCACAGGCACGGUAGAGGAUGCUCCCAACAACUCAGUUCACAAGCAGCCGGUGUCAAAGUCGUCCAGGUUUUUUCAAAGAAAGCUGAACAUCUUCUCAAAACCCCGGUCACUCACGCUGUUCUGA